UUGCCCAAACUUAAAUUGGUCGAGAAGCUUAGGGAAGCCACCAAAAAUACUGAGGCUAGCAAACCGGUUGUAUACGCCUCAACUACCAAAGGUGGUGUGAAAUUGGUUUAUAUGGGUCACUUGUUCAAGUUUUCAUUCCGCAAGGACAACUUCUCGGUAUUCCAAUGCUGUUUCCGGGAGCACGGGGAUCAGUGCAAAGUUCGUGUGUGACACAACAUGUGCGAAACUGCGGUCCGCAGACAUUCGUAAUCAGCCGUAAAGGUGGAACGCUGCUAACGAUCAAUAACUUUGUUUAUCGCUCCAAUCUUAAAUUUUAUGGAAAAGGCAGUGAUAUUUUAUACUGGGAAUGCGUACAAAACCGUUCAAUGAAAUGUCGUAGCCGCUUGAAAACAAUCGGAGAUGAUCUCUAUGUCACAAAUGAUGUUCACAAUCAUGAAGGUGAUGUUAAACGAAUUGAAGCUGCAAGAACUGCCGGCAUGCUGCUGAAAAAGAAAUUAACCGAACUGAGCGCCUCUGACAAGUUUAAUGUCUGGAAUCAAUAAGAAAAUAAUUAAUUUGAUGUGAGUGACAGAGCUUCAACGUAGACUUUUAUAAUAAUUUGUAAAGAAAGUUGUUAACAUAUUCUAAGUAAAUAUUACGAUAAACC